CGACUCCAUUUUCGUUUCUCCCAAACAGGGGAAAACUGAAACAGAAUCAUUAUCAUUACUGUAACAGAGAGAGGAAGAGAGAAACACCAGUAAUGGGGUUCUCUAAGAGAUUCUUUUCUUCGUUUGCUUUGCUAAUGCUUAUUUUGUUUUUCGUUUGUUUCACUGUCAUGGCCUCAGAAGACAAAACUGAGCUGAAUUCAAGGCUGGGUGAAGAAAACAAGUUACAGAGCUUGAAGAACUCAUCAAUGGAGGAGGAGUGGAUAAAUGAGCACUCGGUUGAGAAUCCAGAGGAAGUUGCUUCAAUGGUGGAUAUGAGCAUAAGAAACAGUACAGAGAGGAGGAGAUUGGGAUAUUUCUCAUGUGGAACAGGGAACCCGAUUGAUGAUUGUUGGAGGUGUGACCGGCGUUGGUACCUCAGGCGAAAGCACCUAGCAAACUGUGCUAUCGGCUUUGGACGCAAUUCCAUAGGUGGCCGUGAUGGGAGGUACUACGUGGUAAGUAACCCAGGGGACGAUGACCCCGUGAACCCCAAACCGGGCACCCUCCGCCAUGCCGUUAUCCAGGACCGGCCGCUGUGGAUCGUGUUCAAGCGUGACAUGGUGAUCAGGUUGAAGCAGGAGCUUAUAAUGAACAGUUUUAAGACCAUCGAUGGCCGUGGUGCCAAUGUGCAUAUCGCCAAUGGGGCUUGCAUCACCAUCCAGUAUGUCACCAAUGUUAUCAUCCACGGUAUCCACAUUCACGACUGCAAGCCCACCGGCAACGCCAUGGUUCGAAGCUCCCCAUCUCAUUAUGGGUGGAGGACCGUUGCCGAUGGGGACGGCAUCUCGAUCUUCGGGUCAAGCCAUAUCUGGAUUGACCAUAACUCACUGUCCAACUGUGCCGAUGGACUCAUUGAUGCCAUAAUGGGUUCCACUGCAAUUACCAUAUCAAACAACUACUUCACCCACCACAACGAGGUCAUGCUGUUGGGACAUAGUGAUUCCUACGUAAGAGACAAGAGGAUGCAAGCGACCAUUGCUUAUAAUCAUUUUGGUGAGGGUCUUAUCCAAAGAAUGCCAAGGUGUAGACAUGGAUAUUUCCAUGUAGUGAACAAUGACUACACACAUUGGGAAAUGUAUGCCAUCGGCGGAAGCGCGAAUCCAACCAUUAAUAGCCAGGGAAACCGUUACCUUGCCCCUUUCAACCCCUUUGCCAAAGAGGUUACAAAGAGAGUGGAGACCGGAAACAAAUGGAGACAAUGGAAUUGGAGAUCGGAAGGAGACUUGUUUUUAAACGGAGCGUAUUUCACUCCAUCGGGAAGCGGUUCGGCAGCCAGCUAUGCGAGGGCCUCUAGCUUAGGGGCCAAGUCAUCUUCCUUAGUUGGCACAAUUACUUCAAAUGCAGGCGCCCUUUCUUGUCGCCAUGGCUUCAUGUGUUAAUCCUCCUCCGUACAGAAGAAGAUGAAAAAACAACUCAUUUUUUUUCUUCAUAUAAUAUCAUUUUAUAUCGUAGUGUUCCGAGUUAUCGACCCUAUAUAUUAUUUUGAUCAAUCCCUUUGACAGGUGUACACAAAUUUGUAGAAAUUGGUCCUUAUUUCUCUCCCUUGUAUACCAAAACAUCUCACUCGUCAUUGGAUGCCAUUGAUCCACCAUGGCCACCA